GAUUCAGCGCUUUGCCGCAUCGAAAAUGGGGCGUCUGACACUGCUAACGACGCUUAUUGCCUCCACGGCGGCCCUGCAGCGCGCGCCGCUGCGCAACGUGGCCCAGAGAAAGGCCCAGAACGCGGCACCGGUUAGGGAGCAACAGGCGACUGGGCUCGCGGAGAACUUGGAAAAUAUUUUGGACCCUGUGGGCGAGGUCGUCGUGACGGCGCUGCGAGUUGGAACGUAAAGCUGCGGCGUGCUUUACAAAUUGAGGGGGAAUUCACGUGAUAGUUCGCACGCAGGUGCGCGCUCAUGAUCCAUCACGGCAUCGACAAAAUCGUGAACGUCGACGGCUUCAGCGCGAACGUCGUGCAAAAGUUUUUCGGCUUCCUGCCCGGCCCGGCGCCGUUCUGGACGCUGUCCGCGGCGGCGACGCAAGUCGUCGGCGCCGGAUUCCUCGCGAUCGGUUUGUUUAGCCGGCCGGCGGCCGCCGCGAUGACGGCUACAAUGCUAACCGCCGUCAUCUUCCACCUCGAGAACACGGGCCCCGAGGGCUUCCCGCUCGCCGUCGUCAAGCAGCACUCCUACAACUACGAGCUCGCGGCCAUGUACGUUCUGGUAUUAGGCUACUUCUCCAUCGCCGGCGCGGGGCCCUGGUCCGUCGACGAGCAAGUUCUGGGCGGCGAGCUCGAGUUCUACGAGCAGACGUUCGAGAACGCCAGGGCCAAGCUGGCGAAGGACUAAUGAACAUGUACUUAGGGCU